AUGUCCAGCGUAGGAUUUGACGAAAAGUCUUCUGAUAGACUAGAAGGAACUCGUUCUGUGGUCGGAGGCUUGAUCUUAAAACAAGGGAACAACAAGAAAACGAAUCAAUCACCCAAGGAAAGCGUCCUUGGUCUGCAAAAGCUCGCUGAAGAGAAAAGGAAGCGAAAGAUUGAAGAAGACUAUGAAAAAACGAAACGAUUGAAAGAUGGAUCAUCAAAUUGUGGAGCAGAUGAAUGGGAAGAUGGAAGCGAUGAUUUGAAAGGUCGUUGGAAAGUUAGUUCGGGAAGUGGAGAGUUAAAGUCGAAAUCUCGCCACUACAGAUCUAGUUUAGUGGAAACACCUUCACAUACAGGUGGUGUUAAUGAAGAAAUAAGGGAAAAACAAUUGAGAAGAUUAGAAAGGGAUAGAGAAACGAGGAGAGCAGGAGUGUAUGCUGAGUCAAGGGUCAAAGAGAGAAAGGACGCUUAUCGAGAUGGCUAUAGACACCGAAAUGACACUUAUGGUGAUCGGGAAAGACGAAAAUAUGAAAAAGGAGAGCGUAGUAGCCGUAGAUCUCAAAACUAUAAUGGAGAUAAAAGGGAUGAGUUUAGGGAGCCAAGAUCUCGCCGAAGUGAAUGGGAAGAAACGCCAUACAGGAGUAGUAAGUCUACAAGAGAUGAAGGUUACACUCCAAGACACAAGUCUAAGGGUAUGAUUAUCCUAUAUCUAGCCUCAUCUGCAGCAUAUGCUGUCACUUCCAAGCUUCAUCCCAUAAAAGGCUGUUUCAUUUAAUAUCUGUAUUCCCUUGUUGGGGACGAAUGGAAUUCCUCAUGGGUAUGACUUGUUGUAAAAAUUGAGGAUUUCUUUGAGGGUAGAGUAAAAAAACAUGGACAGCUUUAAUUUCCAUGAAAUUCUUCAAGGGUAGACCCAUAUCCUUCAAGAGGUAGACCCGCAUUUGACAGAAGUCUCUAGGGGUGAAUAGAAUUUUAUUCAAUCUUCAGGGGUAAGAAGAAAAGAUAAGUCCUCAACCAGGGGUAUGGAUGUUAAAUACAAUAUAUUUAGCCGAAAAAGCUUUGUAUGUGGAUAUGCAUUCAUUCUAUAAACCUAAUAUGUGCUUUAUAUGCUGUUCUAAGUGGAUUUGCAGUGACUAAUAAUUGAUUUAAAGGUUUUUUAUCAACUCGAUAGGUGGAUAUGUGGAUAUGUUGUGACAAAGUGGACUUAAAAUAAAUGUAAUGAUCAUGUAUCCACAUAUGGACCUAUUUUUAGUAAUUGCUUUAAACUGACAAGGCAGUUAUUAACCUGAAUGAUACUUCUGUUAGAUAUUAGAACACCUUCACGGAGUAGUUGGGAUGAUGAGGAGUCGACACCCAGCAGGUCAAAAUGGGAAAUGCCAUCGCCCGCCAGAUCUGUUAGUGAAGAUGUAAGGAGUGAAAGAAGGUGAGUCAGUGUAAAGCCAAAACUGCAUUGAGUGACCAUUAUAGCAAGAUGAGCUAAUUCAUCAUAGCCCUUCACUUGGACAACUACAGCUUAGGCAAAUCUAGCAGUUUGUAUUUGUAUUUAUUAACAAAGUCAGCGAAACUAAAUUGUCGUUAAAUAUAUUGUGCUUGAUAACUGUUGUUCUCCAUUAAUUUUGUAGAUCACAUCUCAGAGUUGAUGAUACACCUCGUUUUACUCCCACACAUAAAUACAAUGUUUGGGAAGAUGAUCGCCGUAGUACUGGAGCAACACCAAGAUUCUCCAAAGGAAAACGUAAGAACUUGACUGGUAUCUUACACCAUUUUACAUACAGAAAGUUCUCAAAAAUGAUGAAAUUAUGUAUAUUGUGUUCAAUGCUGCAACCUCCUGUGGGAAUGAAAUGCAAAACAAUUUUUGGUUUAAGUACAGACUGUCACCUACUGCAUAUAAGAGAUAGACUUCCUGAGAGGCAGUUCGCCCAAAGUCAGUCUCCUGUAGGGAAGGUAAGGGUAUUUUAUGAUGGGUUGUAUUCUGGGCCCAGGCCCAGUUGUUCGAAGGCCGAUUACCGGUAGUGCUUACCCCAGGGUUAAAUUUAACCCAGGUUUCUUUUUCUUGUGUUCAAAAGCAUUUUCUCGGAAAAUUUUCUCUGUUAUUUUUAGAGCUUCCAAUCAUCAACUUAUAGACAAAAAGAAUUAAAACUGAAAUGCUUUUUAAGCUUUCAAAUCUGAAUUUAAACCUGCCGCUAACCCUGGGUAAUCUUAACCUAGCUUUGAACAACUUUGCCCAGGUUCUUUAGGGCUAGGUUGGCAGCAAUUGGUCAAUAAUAAUAAGAAAUUAUGAUCACAUUCCACACAGCUAAAAGUGUACAUGCCAUCAAUGUGUUUUUAGGAUCCGAUGUUAGGCAUGAAUCACAAUUUCCAUCAGAUGUUGACAGGGAAGAGUGGGAAGAAGAACAAAAGGUAAUUGUCACUUGUUCAAAACCAAAUUUUAAACAUGGCAUUUUAAAAGCUUGGUAUUUUAGCCAUAGUCCAGUCGUACCAUUAUGAAAGGUGGAUGUAUAAAAUUAUGUUGAACAUUAGUAGUCGAUGUAAUAUUAAUAAUAUUAUUAUUAUUAAUUUAUAUUAGUGCUAUUCAGCUAAUCUUCCAUAAUUGAGCCUAUUGUUGAGAAUCUUAGAUUCCUAUAAGAUAUACAUUUAUGAAAUAACUAAGAUAGUAGGCGCGCUCUGAUUGGCCGAGAGGAGUGUUUGCAUGAGAGUAUGUAAACAUGGUUGUGGCUUCAAGUUGUUUGGCUUUUCGCUAAUCAAUCACAAGCUCGAAUUUGAAAAAGUUUUCGAGUUCAAAACUUGGCAAGUUUACUUUAUUUGCCCUUUCCUUGGUCGGCUGAAACAUGGAAAAUCAUUACAUAGAAGGUGAGUCAAUUUUUCUUCGCUUAAGCUGACAUUUUAAGCGAGAAAAAUCCGUAUUUUGUAAAGCAUCUUUUUGCAAAACAAGAACUGAUUACGCGUGCAAGACUUUGUGGACAAGAUUUUGCUACUGGUAAGAAUUUCUCUUUUAAUCAGUGCCAUACAAAGAGUUUUGCGUUUUUUUCUCGGGAAAGUUAUUUUAUAAAAGCAAUAGAAAACUUUUUUCCUGUGUUUGCAUAGCCUGAUAUAAACACUCGAGGCGUUGGGAGAAUUCUGGACGGUUAUGCAAACCCUCGACUUCGUUUCGGGUUUGCAUAACUGUCUCGAAUUCUCCCAACCCCUCUCGUGUUUAUAUCAGGUUAUGCAAACACGGAAAACGUUUUCUAUUGCUUAAGUAAUAUUAUUAUAUAAUAGAGUCUCUUUAAAUUUGUUGACUAUUACUGUAAUUGUCUUUACAUUUUAACAGAGACUUGACCGUGCCUGGUAUGACAUGGAUUCUGGUUACGAUGAAACACACAAUCCAUUUGCUGAUGUUAGUGAAGAGUACACUAAAAAGAAGGAAGAAAACAUGGCUAAGAAAGCAGUCAAAAGAAUGUCUGCUCAGCAGCGUCAGAUCAAUAAGGUGUACGCAAAAGUAAUAAGUAUCAAAUAAUUUCAAUUGAACACUUGUUUUCAUUGUCAUUGUUUUAUUAUUAUUAUUAUUGUUAUUAUUAUUAUUAUUGAUGCUUUAUUACAACGACUCAGAAGGUUCACGUAGUCAAUGUACUUCGUUAUCCAGUUAUGAGGUCCCUGAUGUCUACAUUUUUACUCAACUUGAUGUUUUGACCAUUAUGGGUUGAAGUUAAUCUACUUGGAUUUUUUUUCUUCAGGAUAAUGACCUUUGGGAGACUAACAGAAUGUUAACAAGUGGUGUAGUACAAAAAUUAGAGGUUGAUGAUGAUUUUGAAGAUGACCAAGAAGCCAAAGUCCAUUUGUUGGUCCACAACAUAAUGUUCCACCCUUCCUGGAUGGACGAAUUGUCUUCACAAAACAACCAGAACCUGUUAUUCCAGUCAAGGUAUUUAAAUAACCCAGUUUAUACAUUUACAAGUUUGGUGGAGGAGUUAAUCUCGGAACUACCAAGACUUCCUCAAAUACUCCUAGGGUCAGGGUGGGAUGUCGACUUGGGGCCUUCAGAUUUCAAGUCCAAUGUUCCAACUGAUUAGCCACGCAUACUGCCACCUAUGCAUUAUCUCCAGGAGUAGGGCGAUGAAUUUUCAGUUUCUAAGCAAACAAAACUAAGCUGGUUUUAGUGUCAAGUGAAGGCAUUGAUAUUCUCCCGUUAAUGAUAUUUUUUAACCAUUGGGUGUUAAAUUAUUUUAAUAGCAACCUAAGGAGCAAAAAAAAAGUGUAAAUUGUAAUUUGUUUACCGACAGAGCACUAAGGAGUUCAUAAGAACUUGCUGAAACGUGUCCGUGCGUUCCAGAUCGAAUUGGAAUUUGAAAGUGUUGGUUUUUAAGGAGAGGGGAAAACUGGAGUACCCGAAGAAAAACCUCUCGGAGCAAGGGAAAGAACCAACAACAAACUCAACCCACAUAUGGCAUUGACGCCAGGAUUCGAACCCAGGCCACAUUGGUGGGAGGCGAGAGCUCUCACCACUGCGCCACCCUUGCUCCCCAAUAUCAAGUGAUUAAUUUUUAUUGUUUGCAUGUUUGAUUGAAAGUUACAAUUUGUACAGAGUUAUUGUACAGUGUAACUGACCAAAUGUGUACACCUUUACUUAUUUGUAGGAUUCCGCCUCUGACAUGGCCAUGAUUUCUAGAAAAGGCUGCCAUGUUGUACGCCUGCACAGAGAGCAGAAAGAACGACAAAAAGCUCAGCACAAGGAUUGGGAACUUGCAGGAACUAAACUGGGGAACAUUUUGGGAGUGAAGAAAGAACAAGAGGAGGUACCUUAACUUUCAUUGCAGGAGUAAUCUAAAGCUAGGAUACACACUCUAUUUUGACAGUUUUGCCUUGGCCAGCUCACACUUUUUGUGCCUGUGUUACAGAACUCAAAAUUUAGAAUAAUAAACUCCAUAGCAAUGGUCCUUUUCUACAGAGGCGUUUUUGAAGUGGUUCAAUCAUUCAGUAAAUGUGCUAAACAUUAUUUUGUAAUCUAACUUAUAAACCAGAGACUAGCUUUAUGGUGUUCCCCAUAUUUUUACUAUAAAACCUUUAAGUAUUGUUCCUUGACUAUGGCCUCUUGCCGGCCAACUCUGAGUAAACUACUGGAAGCCAUUGAAUAAUCUUUUAGUUCCUGUUUUACCAAGGUUAAAACCACUCAGCUAGGCCUUGUGUGUCAAACCUGGUGAAACAAUUUUGCUCGUUAGUAGCCUGUGAAAACAGCCGUCUCUCCUUGCUCCUCACCAACGGAGACAUUGGCUGAUUUAGCAACAAAACAGGAACGUCUGUUGACGACUGCGCGCGCAUUUCAAACUACUGGAUUGACCAAUGGCAGAGUGGCAAAUUGGGUACCGGAAGUCGAGUUUAGUCCUUUCCGCGCGCUUACCCAUCGUCAAAUGACGUCCCUGUUCUGUUGCUUAAUCAGCCUAUUUUGUGGGCGAGGACCGAAGAGAAUGAAUGAAUGACUGACUGACUGACUGACUGACUGACUGACUGACUGACUAAAGCAAGCCCUAUGGUUCUUUUAUAAACACAGGCAACAUUAGCUCCAAGGGUGAGCGCCUAUAAGAAUUGUCCUACAUUACAUGCAUUGUAUGUCUUCAUAAUUCACUUACCCUAUAUUUCCAACUUUGCAGUAUAUGCAUGAAGAUGGCUACACGAAUUACGGUAUGAUAGGUUGCACUCAACCUCGGCGAGUGGCAGCCGUGUCUGUUGCUAAACGUGUGAGCGAGGAGUUUGGAUGUAGACUUGGUGAAGAAGUUGGUUACGCCAUUCGGUUCGAAGAUGUUACUUCAGAGGAACACUGUAUGUUACAUGCUGGGAGAGGUUCAGUAUGGCGGAAGGGUCACAGACGACUUUGAUAAACGGCUUCUAAACACUUUUGCCAAG